ACGGCGGCGCGCACCAACCCGGCGCCGCCUGGCCGGUGCCGCGCCGAGGCUGGCCGGGGCGUGUUGCAGGCGCUCCGAGUAGGGGCAUCUGAUAGCUGCAUCUUCCCUUUCGCGCGGCGGCGACGGCAGCGGUGCGGGUUUCCUCUGCCCCGAUACCUCGUGGGCCUGAAGCGGCUAGUGCCAGGAUCGGGGCGGGCAAGGGAAAGCUGCGGCCCGCGCUUUUUAGCCGAGAGCUCUGUGUAUAGGAUCCUUCCGGGCCAGUCGGAAACUGAGGAGCGGCGGGGGCCGACUAUGCCCGCCAGAGCAUCCUCUACGUAAUGGAAGAAGCCGCCGCUGCUGCAGGGUCGCGGUGCGCCCCAUCCACUGCCGCCAGAGAGAUGGGUACAGUCGGGGCGCGGAGGCCAAGAGCGUGAGAGGCGGAGCCGCUUUGCCCGGAGCUGGGUCUCGUUUAAGCCUCCUCCCCUCAACCUCCCUCAGUGGGCAUCGGAGCCCGGAAGGAAGCUGCUGUCCGGGCGCCCUGGGCUCAGCGGAGCGCGGAGCAGAGCUCCUGGCCUGGUGAAAGUUUCCCUUCCCCAGUCGCAGGGCGCCCGCUUCCCGGAAACUGCCCAAGGCUUGGGCUUCCGAAUGCCGUGGCACCCCCUGAGGCACGGAGACCCCCAGCGUAAGACAGCGCGUGAGAAAUCGAGGAACGAAUAACAACAGCAGGACAGACCUCCGAGCCGCGAUCCCAGGCCGCUCCUGGUCGCGCCCGCGGCUCCAGGUCUUUCUGGGAGCCGCUGCCAUGGGAGAGCCAGUCCUGGGCGCCGAGGACCAGCCGCCGCUGCUGCCGCCGCGCCCGCCUAGGAGCCGCGGCCCCAGUUCUCGCGCACGAAGCCGGCUCGCUGCGUCCCCCGCUCGGGCUGCAGGGCUGCCUCCGCCACUCCGUGGACCCCGAGUGAGCCUGUGAUGAGCCGCAGCCCGCUGGGAGCCUUGUCCCCCGGCGCGCCUCCCCGAUUGCUCCCGGCCGCGCCUGCCGCAGCACGCGCCUUGCUCCCACUGAGGUCCCGGCGCCCGGGCCGCCACUGGCCUGCGUCGCCCCUCGGAAUGAAGGUGUUCCGUAGGAAGGCGCUAGUGCUGUGCGCAGGCUAUGCGCUGCUGCUUGUGCUCACCAUGCUCAACCUCCUGGACUACAAGUGGCACAAGGAGCCGCUACAGCAGUGCAGUCCCGACGGGCCGCUAGGUGCUGCGGCAGGGGUGGCUGGGGACGGCUGGGGGCGCCCGAGGCCUCUUCCAGCUGUGUCGCGUCGCGCACACACCCGCUUGGACCCCCGCACCCCGUACCGCUCCCCCGCGGCCCCUGUCCUAGGGGCUGCGCCGGCAGCGGAGGCGGGGGCCGUGGCCCCUUCCGGCAAUAGCACUCGCAGCUCCAGGGGCGGUGAGAUCAAACGGCAGUUGGUGUACGUGUUCACCACAUGGCGCUCGGGCUCGUCCUUCUUCGGGGAGCUCUUUAACCAGAAUCCCGAGGUAUUCUUCCUAUACGAGCCAGUGUGGCACGUGUGGCAAAAACUGUACCCGGGGGACGCCGUGUCUCUGCAAGGGGCAGCGCGGGACAUGCUGAGCGCUCUCUAUCGCUGUGACCUCUCAGUCUUCCAGCUGUACAGCCCCGCUGGCAGCGGGGGGCGCAACCUCACCACACUGGGCAUUUUUGGCGCUGCCACCAAUAAGGUCGUGUGCUCUUCGCCGCUCUGCCCUGCCUAUCGCAAAGAGGUCGUGGGGCUGGUGGACGAUCGUGUGUGCAAGAAGUGUCCACCCCAACGCUUGGCACUCUUCGAAGAAGAGUGCCGCAAGUACCACACGCUGGUCAUCAAGGGCGUGCGUGUCUUCGAUGUGGCUGUGUUGGCGCCGCUACUUCGCGACCCGGCCUUGGACCUCAAGGUCAUCCACUUGGUGCGUGAUCCUCGUGCUGUGGCCAGCUCACGCAUCCGCUCGCGCCACGGUCUCAUCCGUGAGAGCCUGCAGGUGGUACGCAGCCGGGACCCGAGAGCCCAUCGCAUGCCAUUCCUGGAGGCUGCUGGCCACAAGCUGGGUGCCAAGAAGGAGGGUGUGGGUGGCCCAGCAGACUACCAUGCACUUGGCGCUAUGGAGGUCAUCUGCAACAGCAUGGCCAAGACACUGCAGACAGCCCUGCAGCCCCCUGACUGGCUACAAGGCCACUACCUAGUGGUGCGGUACGAGGACCUGGUGGGAGACCCCGUCAAGACCCUACGGAGGGUGUACGACUUUGUGGGACUACUGGUGAGCCCUGAAAUGGAGCAAUUUGCCUUGAACAUGACCAGUGGUUCGGGCUCCUCCUCCAAGCCUUUUGUAGUGUCUGCCCGUAACGCCACCCAGGCAGCCAACGCAUGGCGGACUGCCCUCACCUUUCAGCAGAUAAAACAAGUGGAGGAAUUUUGCUAUCAGCCCAUGGCUGUGCUGGGCUAUCAGAGGGUGAAUAGCCCCGAGGAAGUCAAAGACCUCAGCAAAACCCUGCUCCAAAAGCCCCGGCUCUGAGGGUUUCUUGGGAGGCCUGACUGGAGGUGGGAGACACCCACAGGAAGACUGUUGAGGUGGGAGAGAACCCACCCACAGGGGACUGUGGUGUGUUUAAACAGAAACAGUCCAGACCCAAGCCGAGGAAGCCCACAUAUUCUACUAUAGAUGUAUAAUAUAAAAAACCACACAGACACUUGCUGUCAGUGUUCCCAGUCUUGCAUUUCAAGAACAGUCACAAUACACACACAUCUCAGAAAAGGCGAGACUUGAAAGUUCUGACCAGCUGCCUUCCUGUCCUCUCCCUGCCUUUUCUCCCUUUCCCUUUCCCCCAGGUCUUACCCUCUCUCCUACCUGCCCUGCAUUUUGAAGUGGGAUACUGAUUAAAUCAAGAUCCAGUAACCCAAAUCUUGUUUACAAAGUUUUUGUGGUAUCUGUGAACAUGUAGUAGUGUAAUUUGGAUGUGGGGUGAGGGAAUAAAAAAAGGGGAAGUGGCCCAGGAGCAGAAAGCCCCAUUGGGAAUAAUAAACCAAGGAGGCAUUCAUUUAAAGUAGACUUCUCUGUAAAAGCAAAGGUUAUAUGUGAGUAUUAAUAAAGAAGAAAAUAAAUAAUACUAAUUUUUA